AUGCUGGAUUCUCUUCUGUUCCGCAGUCACCAAUCUGUGCGGAUCGGCGAGGUCAAUCGCUUCAUUGUCAGGUACUGCCCUGAGGGCACGGACCGGCCGGCUGCGCUCUACGCCAAAAUCAAGAAUGUCGAGAUGCUUCCCUUGCGUGCCGCCUACCUCACAGGUCCCUAUAUUUUGUAUUGCGACAUUAGACCCCAGGAAUACUCCCACCGUCGCCAGUGUUUCAUCACGGCGGACCAGCCAGUUUACGACCCCAACUUGUCUGCUGGACAAAGUCUAACCGCCGAAUUGUCGCUGCAUACCAUAAAGGACGAGUACGUGUGGAUUAUAGACGUGAUCAGCCAGAUGAUCUUCAGCUCAAGCUCAGAGGUCCAUUUCGAGCUUAUGAUCGGUCUCGACCGCGACAGACUACACAGACACAACUUUGGAGACGCGUUUGGCAAGUUCUCGCCGCAGCUGGAGGUGGAACACUUCAACACAGAACAGCUGUGGAAUAAAAACACAUCGCAGCCAAAUGUGCACCUGGUGGUUCUCACACACGGACUCCACUCGAAUGUCUCCGCCGACAUGUUCUAUUUGAAGGAGCAGAUCGAGAAAGAGGCCGAGAAAACGGGAGAAAAGGUUAUAAUCAGAGGCUACACCCGCAACGUGUGCAAAACAGAACGAGGUGUCAAGUAUCUGGGAAGACGACUGGCCGAGUAUUUAGUCCAUGAGGUUGCGCCGACGGCCGAAAUUGCCAGGAUUUCAUUUAUCGGCCAUUCGUUAGGAGGCCUUGUGCAGACAUUUGCCAUAGCUUACCUCGACCAUAAUUAUCCAGAGUUCUUCCAAAAGAUACAGCCCGAGAAUUUCAUAGCACUCGCGUCUCCGUUUCUUGGCAUCUCCAACGAAAAUCCGGCAUAUGUGAAGAUGGCGUUGAGUUUUGGAAUCGUGGGGAAAACAGGCCAGGAUUUGGGGUUGCAAGGUUUAAACCCUCUUUUGAUGUUACUUCCUUCCGAAUCUACACGGAAAAUCCUUCGUCGCUUCAAGCGUCGUACGCUCUACGCAAACGCAAUACACGAUGGAAUCGUACCGCUGCGGACCUCUGCUUUGCUGUAUCUGGACUGGAAGGCUCUAUCCAAAGUGUACGAAACGCAGUCAGGUUCAACCAAAAACUACACCGCAGGCAACUCAGAAGUUGGGGAAAUCCCAGACAACGUCGAGCAGCAGGACCGCGAUAUGAUGACUUCCGUAAAGGCCAAGCUUCUUUCGCCAAUUCAAACGCUAAUUUCGCUGUGUGCGCCCAGCUCGCAACAUCAACACAAAGCCAAACGGUACCAGCGGUAUCAGACUAGCGACUCGUCGGUGCCGAGCGACACGGUCCACGACGAUUUGGAGCAAUUUUAUCCGCUGCCCAAGUCCUCCGUGAUUGAGAGCAUUAAAAAAGUGCUGCUUCCCCCUCUGCCUCCACUCAAAUACCUCACCGACCCCAACUCGCGUCCAGACGUCAUAAUUCAUGACAAAGUGUACACACCAGUCGUUAUACCUCGUACACCUCUGCGAACUACAAGCUUGUUGCAGACUCUAGAUCCUCUGAAACGACAACGAGUGUUAGAAGAAAAAAUUGCAAGAAGAUGGCACAACGGCAUGACUUGGCGUAAAGUGCUGGUGAAUCUGGAACCAGAUGCUCAUAACAACAUAGUUGUCCGGAGACGUUUUGCUAACGCAUACGGCUGGCAAGUUAUAGACCAUCUAGUGGAAAAUCAUUUCUCCUCGGCGUGCGUUGCUGGUGAGGACCUUUACAAGUACAAAUGGGACCCUAAUCCAGAAGUGGACGACGAUCAGGAGGAUGAGGACGAAAAGCUGGACAACAUACUGAGUAAGCAGCACGAUCAGGCUGCGAAGGAAUAUAGCAAGCCUACUUUGAACACGGAAAAUGUUUCCGGGAUUAUCUCGAGCGAGCGAGCCAAGAUGUUGCAGGACGACAGUACUACGGAUCUGCUGGAGUCACGGGACUGGAUCAAUGACGCAGAUUCCAUCAUAUACGAUGGACCCACGGGAAUGAUCAAUGCAGUGAGCGAGAGCGUGAACGGCAAGAUGGAAUCUUUCAAAACUUAUUUCCAGGGUGAGAACACCGUGGGAACAGACCAGAUUGUCAACAUAUCUGGUCCUUAUUUAUGA